AUGGCGCCGACGUCGUCACUCGUCAACAAGAUCAAAGUCCAGCUCAAGCUGAGCGUCUCGCGACUACGAAUGGUACAGCAGAAGGACACGGCACUCGCGAAGCAGCAGCGAAGAGAGAUGGCGCAGCUCCUCGAAGCAGGGAAGAUAGAGAGUGCCAAGAUAAGAGUCGAGAACAUCAUCCGAUCAGACCUCAACACCGAGCUGCUAGAGAUCCUCGAGCUUUACUGCGAAUUGCUCACAGCGCGAGCGGGACUGCUGGAAGCGAAAGAGUGCGAUCCGGGUUUGGAGGAGGCCGUGAAGAGCAUAAUUUACUCGGCGCCGAAGAUUGAAGGAGUGAAAGAGCUGAGUUUGGUACGGUCGUUGUUGGCAGAGAAGUUUGGCAAAGAGUUCACGUUGGAGGCUGUGGAGAAUUCGGAUGGAAAGAUUCCAGAUAGGAUAGUGAAGAAGUUGAGGGUGGAGCCUCCAAAGCCAGAGUUGGUUGAGGCAUACUUGGAGACCAUUGCGGAUGCAUAUGGCGUGGACUAUCCGCCGGGUAUCAAAGCCAAGCGACAAGCCGAGCAGGCGGCCGCUGAAGGAGAGGACGGUGCCGAUGACGACGACGACGAAAACCCUUCAGGUGGACAGAAGGUGAAGGCACUGGAAGCCCCACUCGCAGCAGAUGAAUUGAGCAAAGCAACUCCUCCACGGGAUAUGGGUCCAAAAAGCCCCGUCUCCGUGGCUCCCCCUUCGCCGAGCACUGAUAACAUCCGACCGAAGGUUAAUGUGCCUGGCCCGCUCAAUCUGAAACCGAUGAAGAAGACGAGUGAGGUAGCUAAAGCAAAGGAAACGAAUGGCGGCCCUGGGGGCAAGAUUCCGGAUGUGGAUGAGUUGCAGAAGCGGUUUGCCUCACUCAAGCGAUAG